GGUUUUAGUUCAACAAUUCGAAGUUUCCCUGAACCGAAAGUUACUCUGAACCGAAUGCCGCAACUAAGCGACGUCGGUUAUGGGCAACUUCUCAUCCCGUAUGACGGCUUCGGUUUGUCUUGACCGAUUCCUUCAAUUCCACUUCUACUUUUCAGCAAAGUUCUCCAUCGAAUACUUUGAAUACUAGACAUGAAUCCGCACAGGUAGCAGGUAGAACUCGUGACAAUGAAGAAUUCCAUUUCGUUUCGUCCUUUAGCUAGAGCUUCAACGCCUAUUAUCAACAACAUCUUGUACAAGUCUAGAUUCUCGGCUGCGUGCUUCUCGCGGCGUCGAAACUACUCUACACAUCCGCCCAACGCACGACUUAACUUACCGCCCGACUACUCAACGACACCACUGUUAUCACAUAGCUCGCAAACGGCACUUGCCAAUCCAGAGUUACCACCAGAAGCCAGGAAUAGCACGGCAAAACGUAUGAACUUAUUUCAGGCUAUAAACGACGCUCUAUCAAUAGCGCUUGCCGAGGAUGAGAACGUUCUGGUAUUUGGAGAAGAUGUCUCCUUUGGUGGCGUGUUUCGCUGUACGAUGAAGCUCGCAGAGAAUUUUGGAGCUGCUCGUGUCUUUAAUACACCUUUGACAGAACAAGGCAUUAUGGGGUUUGGUAUCGGAUUGGCUGCUGAGGGUAUGCGGCCCGUAGCUGAAAUCCAGUUUGCCGACUACGUCUACCCUGCCUUCGACCAAUUGGUAAACGAAGCUGCUAAGUAUCGAUACCGCGAAGGUAAUACAGGAAGAAGCGUGGGCGGCUUGACGGUGAGGAUGCCCUGCGGAGGUGUUGGUCACGGAGCACUAUACCAUUCGCAGUCGCCCGAGAGCCUUUUCACUCAUAUUCCUGGUUUAAGAGUGAUAAUGCCGAGAUCUCCACUCCAAGCUAAGGGCCUAUUGCUUUCUGCGAUUAGGAGCAAUGACCCGUGCGUUUUCAUGGAGCCCAAAAUUCUGUAUCGAGCAGCCGUCGAACAAGUGCCGACAAGUCCAUACACAUUGCCCCUCUCCAAAGCAGAGAUACUCAAGGAGGGCAAGGACGUUACUAUCAUCUCGUACGGGCAGCCGUUGUACACUUGUAGUGCUGCCAUCCAAAAGGCAGAAGAAGACUUGGGGGUUUCGAUAGAACUUAUCGAUUUGCGAACCGUCUAUCCUUGGGAUAAAGAAUGCGUUUUUAAGAGUGUGCGGAAGACGGGGAGGUGCAUGGUGGUCCACGAGUCCAUGGUCAACGCAGGAAUCGGAGCCGAAGUAGCUGCGGCAAUCCAAGAAGACCCAGACACAUUUAUAAGACUCGAGGCUCCCGUAUCACGAGUGGCAGGAUGGAGUAUAUUUACUCCAUUGAUGUUUGAGAAGUUCAACAUCCCGGACGUAGCCAGAGUAUAUGACGGAGUUAAGAAAUUGUUAGAAUAUUAAACAGGAGCUGUAGAUGUUGAAUCAUGAGGUUUAAGAAGUGCCUUUGUAAAUACCAUUUACUACCUCCUAUGCAUAUAAGUCGCGAGUCUAGUAUUCUUAGGAUUUUAGAGGAAGUAUUCGAAUGUCUUCAAUGUUUGUUGUAUGGAAAAAAGAAUAAAGUGCAUGUUAAUGAAAAAGAAAUCCAUGCACGGAUCCGUAUGUACUAGGCUACGUAAUUAGGACAUAUGUUAUCGAUAAAGCACUUAGCCCCCACUUAGAUUAGAUACCCCCGCGCUCCCUAGGUACCUAACGUUUCGAUACCUAGUGACCAGUAAAUCGGGGGUGAUGGAGACAACAACGCUUGUGAUAUUUUUAUUUAUUUAAUAGUACCUUACUUUAGCUAGGAAGUUCUCAACUUACCUGGAUUAAUUAAUCUCUCUGCACACUGCACACAGACUCAAUAUGGCGACCGCUCUGGAAACCGUCGAGUCCUUCGUAGAGGGUGCACCCCCUGGCGAGCUCGCCGAUGUCAUAAAUGGUAUA